AACAUUACCACACCAGAAUAUCCCUCUUAAGAAACACCAAAAUUCCCUUAAUACCCUUUUGAAGCUUCUUCCUCUUCCUCUUGAUUCAUUCACCACACGGCAAAAAGGAACAACUGAAGCCAAAACAAAAACAUCGUUUUUUUGAGGUUUUUGUUCCAUACUCAUCGUUUUCACUCUUUUCAGUAACCCUUUUCGCUCUUAGAAAAGGGUUUCAACCAUUUUCUCUCAACCCUCAAAAAAACCUUUCUUUGUUCUCUCUCUAACACUCUCUCUCUCUCAUCCAUUGCCUUGAACCCCACUUCACAAAACCUGGGUUUUCGUUUUAGUUUUAGUUUUUGAUAACACAAACGUUAUGACGUAGUACGAUGAAUGAACCUUUAAUAAUAUUUGGUUUGUUUUUUCCGCUUGUUUUGAUGAGGCCACAUUGUUUGACUUCACUUGUAGGUUUUGUACCGUGACGUUUUUCUUAGUUUCUCUCUCUUUAAUCUUGAUCUAGACUGAGAAAAUAUUGAAUUUUUUCAUCUGGGUUGUUGUCGGUUUGGGUUUUUCUUCUAUGGUUUAAGUUUUAGGAGAACGGUGUUUUGUAAUAGGGUUUUUCCUUCACCAAUUUGGGGUUGGUUUAGGAACAACCUAUCAUUUUUUUUUCCUUGCCUUUUGAUGUUGUAGUAGCUUAGAGUGUUGUCUUUUUUGGUGGUGGAUUUAAGUAUUGAAGGAUUGAACUUUGAAUGAUGGCUAGUGAUGAGGUUGAUCCUGUUUUUGUGUCAUGGGAAGAGGAAUUGAUAUGUCAAGAGCGUGGGAACCGAGUGAUUCAUUUUUACUUGAGAGAUAUGUCUGGGAAUUUGGUGCUUGCUGUUGUUGGUACUGAGAGGAGUGUGAGGCACAUGAUGUAUGUUGUUCCUCAACAGUUUUUGCAGGCUUAUGGAUCCACCACCAUUACUUAUAAAUGGAGGGCAAGGAGGGAGGUUGUUGACUGGCUUAACCAUUUGGUUUCGAGGAAUCAAUCGCAACGUGCUGGUGAACUACUGGAUGAUUCAGGAAAAGCUGUAGGAUACAUGUACACAGAUGGAAUCAGUGCUAAUAAUAAAAAAAUACCGGAUAAACUGAUUUCUAGGAAUCUGAAAUUUCAAAGUUCGGAUAUUGACUGGUCAGGCACUGCUUGGCUUUGUGCUAAACAGCUGAAGCACUACUCAGGGUUUGACAGGAAAGGGACCACAAUAUAUGUUCAUUCAUUUGUAUAUAUUAUGGCUGAAGAGGUAAAUCCCUAUCUUGGUUACUUGGAAGAUAUGUAUGAAGACAAAAAGAAACAAAAAAAGGUGAAGGUGCGGUGGUUUCACCAUGGUCAGGAAGUUAAACGUGUGAUUCCUGGGCUUGAUCUUCGAGAGGGUGAGGUUUUCAUCACUUCUAAUGUUCAGGUGAUCAGUGCCGAGUGUGUCAAUGGUCCUGCAACAGUUCUGACUCCUAAGCACUAUGAGAAAUACAAAGCUGAUUUGCUGCAUACCUCUUCAUCUGAAAUCCAUAUGUGCUUUAGGCAGCUUAAAAAUAAUAAGCUUAAACCGUUUGCGCUUACUAAAUUGCGCGGGUAUAAUAACCAGCUUAUACUCUCUGAUUUGGAUAGCCCUACGCUUUCCAAAAGAAAGGGGAACUGUCUGAAAUUUGAAGAUGGUGAGAACUUCACCCAAGAUGAUUUUUUGAGGCCCAGCAGUAAGAGGAAUAGAAGUUCUGUGGAGUAUUCAAUAGCUGAAAAGGGUUUUUCUGGUCAGCAAAACUCUUCUAUAAAUGAGAUGUCAAAAGAUGAACCGAAAUACCCGAGUCUGAAACUAAAACUGUCGAGAAAAACAAUGGGUGUUAAGGUUAUUGAACCUAAGCCUGAACUGCCUUUUAAGGUCAAUGAUAAGGUUGAGUUUCUCUGUCAAGAUAGUGGCAUUAGAGGAUGCUGGUUUAGAUGUACAAUCUUGUAUGCAUCUCAGAAGCGGCUGAAGGUCCGAUAUGAUGACCUGAUGGACGCAGAUGACGUGGACAAACUAGAGGAAUGGAUCCCUGCAUCCAGAGUGGCAAAGCCUUGCAAACUCGGUAUGCGAUCUUCCGGCCGUUUAACAGUACGACCACGCCCUCCUGAAUUUGUUAAAGGUCAUCCUUUCGAGGUUGGAGCAGCAGUGGAUGCCUGGUGUGGUGAUGGAUGGUGGGAAAGUGUUAUAACUGCUGUCGAUACUUCUGGAGUUGGAACCUGUCAGGUUUAUUCACCUGGUGAAGAGAAGUAUAUAGUGGUUGAAACGGACGACAUUCGGAUUUCCCGAGAUUGGAUCGAUAACAGGUGGGUUGAGAUAUUAGGAAAGCCUGAUAUUUGCAGCUUUUUGAAUUCAAAUGUCGGUUCAUGUGCCAAGUUGUCAGAUAAUUCUGCAGUGGUCAAUGAACCUGUCAUUGGAAGUUCUGCAACAUUAGAAAGUGAACCGCUGCCAAUUGCCAAAGAUGAAGCUGCUCCAAAGGCUGAGCAAGAAUCAUCUGGUCUGGAAACACUUAAUGGCGGUAUGAAAAGAAUGACUUUAUGGAAACCACCGCUCCAUGCAAUUCACGAAGACGAGGAUAUCAAGUCCGAUGGUGGCGGCAGUGAUGGUGGUGAUACCGACAAUGCUGAUGAUGAAAUCAAGCCCAAAGAUCGUAACUCUGGUAGUAGCAGUGAUGGUGAUGAUGACGAUGGCACUGACAAUGACGGUGAUGAUGCUGACAACACCGGAGAGGAAGACAGCGAGGAGAAUUUGGUGAUGGAGGAAAGAUUUGGUUGUUCUGAACCAAAACUCGAUGCAGCUGAAGCAAUACAGGUUACAUGAAUAUAUUAUCGACUUAUGGUAGAGGUAAAUGGGAGAUUUCUCCUUCUCCUACUGACUAUAUACUUGAAGGUGGACUCACCUUAAUGUAAAUACUAAUGAAAUGAAACUUCAGGCUAGUAGUAAGAUAUAUAUGGCAGAGGAUAAUGGUGGCGAAAGGUUAUUAUUUAGAUAAUUUUAGUGUAUAGCUUAUGUUUUGGGUUGAGGUCUUUCAUUAGAUCAACAAUCUAUAAGGCUUAUACAGGUUAGUUUAUUACAUAUUUAGUUCA